AUGACAUGUGCGGAGAACAAAAAGCUGGUGACGCAGAAGUCUGACCUGAACAAUAGGCUCAAACUGGCACAAAGCUACGCUGGCGUAGCUGGUGGAUCGUCUUCAACGCCCCAAGGUCAAAACCUCGGCGAAGAAGCUGCCGCAGCGCUCAUGCCGGUCUUCACAACACUAACAUCUGCACAAAACCAGGGGAAGAACACAACUACAACUGCUGUAUCUGAUGAAACCUCUGUGCCUCCAAAUGCUCCAGCAGCGUCGCCAGCAGCUCCUCUGGCUGCUGAUCUCCCUGCUGCCCCUCCAGCUGCUGAACAAGUACCUGCCUCUCCAACCAGCCCUCCAGCUGCCCCAGUAGCUGAUGACCUCAUCGCUGUUCCUAUGGAAACCACCACUGCAGAAGGACCACACACGCACAACCAAGAACCAUCAACUGCUGUGGAAAACGCGCUGCCAGCAGGUCAGGGCGUUGAUAGCAGCCUUGCUGAUGCGUCGAAGAGCACUGACCGCGAGAUCCCUGAAAACACACAAACCAACCUGGAGAUGCUGAGUGACCCCUCAACGAGUUACAGUGCAGCCGAACUCGCUCAGAGAGUUGAGUUCCUAGUACCACAGCUGCCCAUUCCAGACAUGGAAAUCUCCGAGGGAGAAAACACAAGCUACACUGGCAAUGAUACGGACAUCUCUGACUUGAGCACUUCAGCAGGGAACGGGUUCACCCCUGUAAAACCGAAGCGCAAAAGGGGAAGGCCGAAGAAGAUUCGGACCCAGUAG